UCUCUGUUGGUUAUUAUGUUCCGCGAGUGUUAGAUUAAGUUUAAUUUGUGUUAAAAUCACCUCAGAUUAUCGAAGGGACUAAGCUAUAAUGUCUAUAAGUGUUUCUUUGUGAUGUUGGUGUUACAAAAAGGCUCAAUAUGAGCCGCAGGACCCAUUAAAAUAACCUCGAAAUCGUGAAGCCGCUAGCCAUCAAAGGAUCAACAAACAAAGAUAAAUAAGCAGUUCUUCAUUAAACUAAUGGGCGCGGUUUGUAUUUAGAUUUUAUAGCUUAAAUCGCCAACAUGGAUCCAUACUUGCUAACAAGAAUUGGAGAUGUCACUAUUCAGAGAGUCCUGCCAAAGCAAGACCAACCGAUCGCAGACAACAUUUCCCCAGCUGCUGACAGUCCCACAGUGGAACUAGACCUGUCCAUGAAGCCUCGGAGUAGUAUGGACAAAGGGGAAGACGAAGGUGGGGGAGAUCUUUUGGGAGAGAUGGAAGGCAACAAAGAAUCCAACUUCUCGGACUCCAGUGAAGAAAGCGACAUUAGUGAGGAAAUGGAUGAAGAUGAGCAAGACGCUCCUUUGAGUUUAGUCACUAACAGGAGAGACAGAGACGAAGCGACUAGUGAAAAUUUUAGCAGUGUAGUGAACAUCGAAGUGAGCAAAGGGGAAGGUGACUAUAGUGCACAGGAGGGUAAACCAGUAGACUUUAGCGAGGCGGGGAGCAGCAAAAAAGAAGACGACCCUGUGCAGACGACAGCGGACGAUGAUGAUGACGAUGACAUGCCCCUCAGCAGGCUGAUGGCAGAAUCGGAAAACAUGGAUGAACUCUCAGAUGCCGGAGAGUUUGAUAUCCCAGAUGAUAAAAUACCUGAAACACUAAAAAAGAUUUGUGAAGGUGAAUUUGAAGACAGCAAUGAACCUGAGGAAGAUACAACUGAAGCAGGACAAUUUGAUGAUGAAGAAGCAGACAGCAAAGUCAAAGAAGAGACUGAGCAGGACGAAGAAGAACAAGAGGACCCAGACAGGGAAAUGAUUGUGGUGAAGCAAGAAGUAUUUGAAGAGGGAGACGAAGAAUCGGGUGCCAAAAGGAAGGCCACAGGCGACGAUGGGGAUGGGGAAGGUGAAGAUGGCGCUGCCAAGAAAAAGAAGGAAUCAGGGUCUGGAUCAGAGUCAGGCAAUGAAGAUGACAGUCAGAGUGGGAUUGAUAAGAAGGAUGCGGAAAAGAAGUUGAUGAAUCUGCGGAAGAACAUCCGAGAAGUAAUGGACGAGACACAGCUAGACGAGGCGACAUUGAAUGCACAAAGACAGGAAAUGGAGCGGUUGAGACGAGUGCAAGAACAGCAGAGAAUCAUACGGGAGGUGAACAGACAGAUUAACCUGAACCGCCAGAACACCAAGACACAGACCAGGGUGAUCUCCCUGCUGCAAGGCGGUGGUACAAGUCUGCUGAAGGCUUCACCAUCCACUGCCUCUGCCAGUCCCAAGAACACUUCACCCAACACUGUGUUGGUCAAACUGAGCUCCGGCUCAGGCCCACCGCAAGUGGUCAACAAGAAGGUCCUUGAGAUACUGAAGAGUACCAAGAGUGCUGCCAACACAAGCGCAACGUCUAAAGCGUCUGCACUUGCUAACAAACUACUCAACAAGCCUCACAGUCUCACUCCAUCAGUAUCCAUUGCUCCGGUCAAACCUGGCUUGACUAUCAGCAAGGUCGGCAAAACAUCUGUCGAUGAUGAUAAAGCUAUCAUAAAGAAAACCGGAGGGAAGAUGAAAAAGGAGAAGGGCAAAGACGUGGUGAUGAUAUCGAGCAGUUCGAGUGAUGAGGACGAUUGUAUUCUGAUCUCGGGGGGAGAAGAAGAGGAGGAGGAGGAGGAAGACCCCACAAACUCCGGGAUGCACACAAACGACCUGUACAACGUACCUGAUGACCAGGGUAGGGUGCUGAUCAAUGUUGGGCGACCUGAGAACGAACCUGAGGUGUUUCUUGCGCCUCAGAUAGCGAGGAUCAUCAAACCUCACCAGAUUGGUGGUGUGAGAUUUCUGUUUGACAAUGUCGUGGAGUCCUUAGAGAGGUUUAAGACUUCAACAGGCUUCGGAUGCAUUCUGGCUCACUCAAUGGGUCUUGGGAAAACACUUCAGGUGGUCUCUUUCUGUGACGUGUUCCUGAGGUACACCGAAGGAAAAACAGUGUUGUGCAUCAUGCCAAUCAACACACUGCAGAACUGGCUGUCAGAGUUCAACAUGUGGCUACCUGUAGACCCAGCGUCAUCACCGUACGCAGCACAGGGCGACGUACAACCACGCACGUUUCCGUUGUUUGUUCUCAACGACAUGCAGAAGUCAAUGGUGGCUAGAGCAAAGGUUGUGAUACAGUGGGCUAAGGAGGGAGGAGUGCUGCUUAUUGGAUAUGAGCUGUACCGUCAACUAAGUCUUCAAAAGGCGAGAAAGCGAAGAGUAGAAAGAAAACGAAAACUUAAUCCAGACGAUGACAUUGAUGAUGAGAAAAAUAAACACCUCCUUGAAGAGAUGCAUGCAGCAUUGGUAAAGCCUGGCCCAGACCUGGUUAUAUGUGAUGAAGGUCACAGGAUUAAGAACAGCCACGCUUCCAUCUCCCAAGCUCUCAAGCAGAUCCGCAGCAAGCGCAGAGUCGUCCUCACUGGAUACCCUCUACAGAAUAACCUGCUGGAGUACUGGUGUAUGGUAGACUUUGUGCGGCCUAACUACCUCGGCACCAAGACGGAGUUCAGCAACAUGUUUGAGCGGCCGAUACAGAACGGACAGUGUAUAGACAGCACUCCGCAGGACAUCAGACUGAUGAGAUACAGAGCUCAUGUGUUACAUUCCCUACUGGAGGGGUUUGUGCAGAGACGAAGCCACUCUGUCUUGACGAAUGCGUUGCCCCAGAAAGAGGAAUAUGUUAUUCUGGUGAGGAUGACAAACUUUCAACGAAAGCUGUACGAUACAUUUAUGAAUGAAGUCGUUCGCACAAAGGCUGUUCCAAACCCUUUGAAAGCAUUUGCAGUUUGUUGCAAGAUAUGGAACCACCCAGACGUGUUGUACCAUUUUCUGAAGAAGCGGAAUAUGGAUGCGGAGGCUGUCGAUUUGGACCUGGAAGAGGCUGCAGCUGCACUAGCAACCCCCGCCAUGACCCCUGGCACACCAGGGUGUCCCAUUGCCCCCGUUGCCCCCACCAAGCGGGGUAGAGGCCGCAGCCCCAAGGGUACCUCACCUAAACGAGAACGCAAAGUUAACCCGCGCAAGCGAGGAGGAGCAGACACUGAACCACCUGGUAAAAGUCCGAUGGUUGCAGCUGUGAUGCCCAACACUACAAAUAGUAAUCAGCAGCCCAUGGACCAAACAUCCAUGUUGUCACACUCCCAGCAAUCUCAAGAUACCAAGCCACUACAACCUUUCUCCCAACAGCAGAGCUCACAAUUCCGACCAAACUUCCCCUACAACAACAGCAACAAUAAUCAGUUCCCUCCUGCGUACUCUGGUAUGAACCAGAACUAUCCCAACUUUAACCCUCAACAGCAAGGUGACUUUCACAACAUGCCUCCUCCAUAUCCUGGCUUCCACAAUCAGCAAGGCUUCAACAACCAGAACAUGUAUGGCACUGGGUUCGGAAGUAAUUAUUAUCCGUCUCAGCAAGAUUCCACAUUUGGCGGAAGUAAUUAUUGGAACAACCAGUUCUUCAACAAUGAUCCCAACAGUUCAGGGGUGUUCCCCAACUUCAGCGAGGGUGAUGCAAACAACUCUAACUUUUACAAUCAAGAAAUGAUGGGAGCGGACGGAUUCAACCAUGGAAACCGAAGUUAUAACAGCGGAUUGGGUGUGAAUCGACCUGGAAUGAGUGGUAUGAACCCUAUGCAACAUGGACGGAUGGGUAUGAACAAUCCUUCCCACGGAAUGAUGGGUAUGAACUCCAAUAUGAGUGGAAUGAACAUGAACAAUAUGGGCAUGCCUGGGGGACUGAAUAGUAUGUCUGGCAGUAAUAUGUCCAUGAGUCAGAACAACUUUGGUAUGAAUCAAGGUGGAUCUCACGGGAUGAACACUAUAGGACAGAGUAGUUUGGGAAUGAGUUCUCAUGGUAUGUCAGGAAUGGGUAUGGGACAGUCAAGCUUGGGAAUGAAUCAUCAGUCACAAGGAAUGGGUGUAAACCAGAUCACAGGCAUGGGAGUUAUGGGAUCCCAAGGUUACAACAACAUGAAUGUACCUUCCUCUCAAGGGCCCAUGAGUGGCUUGCCCGGCAUGUCGCAAAACAAUCCUAUAUCAUCUGGAAUGAGCAAUCAAAGUGCAUCUUCAGGAAGUAUGCAAACAAUGACUAAUUCUCAAGUAAACUUAAUGAGCAAUGCUUCUAACCAAUCCUCGAUGGAGAGCCAACAACAAGCUGCAAUAGAAAAUAUCGCAAACAACUUGAUGAUGUCUUCUCAACAAACCUUACAAGCACCUCAAGGAUUGUUGGGUGGAGGUGAAAAUAAUUCUGUCAAUCAAAGUAGUUCACAACCUCCCCAGAACUCUCAAAGUCUUAUGAACCCUCAACACCAUUCAUCCAGCCUACUAGGAGAUAUGCUGGGAAAUAGUCAGGGAACUUCUCAAAACCUAAUGGGAGGAAUUCAAAACCAACAGAGUCAACUUGGCAAUAUACCUCAGACACAAGUGAGCUCCACUGCAGUAACGUCGCAGAACCAGCCCAACAUGAUGCCUCCAUUACAGGGCUCACAUAUGAUGGCAAACAUGAUCUCAAGCUCAUCAAGUACUCGCAGCAUAACAAGCCAGCAUGAUUCUUCAAACUUGGGAUCAAUGCAAGGCAUGGGAGGUUCUAGUCUUGAUAAUCAAAACAUGAUGGGUGGCAAUCAUCUAUCUCAAACGAUGUUGAGAAAUUCUCCUAGCUCAACAGUCACAUCAAGCCAGCAAAAUGUUGGCAACAUGCAAAACCAACAAGGGCUUCUGGGUAGUCAGUCUGCAAUGGACACUGUUCGAGGUUCUAUGUUUAGAAACCCAACAUCCAAUCAAAGUAUGUUUAGUCAACAAAAUAUGGGUGGUAGUACGCAAGGGAUGUUCAACACUUCAGCCCAACCUCUUUUAGGCAGUUCUCAAAGCAAUAUGAUAAAUCAAAACAUGUUGCAUAGUCAACCAAACAUCUCUGCUAGUGGGAAUAUGUCUAGUUUUGAUCAAGCUAGUUCCCAAAAUUUGAUGUCUAACCACCAUUCAAACAUGAUGGGCGCCCAAGAUCAAAGUAUGCCCAGUGGGAGUUCCUUAUCAUCUACAAUGACCUCGCAACAGAACAUGCCUAGUGCUCAACAAGAUAACCAGAUGUUUGGAAACCAAUCCAUAUCAAAUAAUCCAAUGAGUAAUCUCCAGUCUAUGCUAAACAAUCAAAACAUGAUGGGUUCGCAGAGCGGGUCUCAAAGCUUUAUGACUAACAAGAGACCAAAUGAUAAUUUAAGCAUUGGCCAACAAAAUGCUCAGGGAAAUCAAAGUGGAAUGAUGAUGAACCAUCCAAGUGGAAUGACUGACCAGAUAAUGCACACAAGUCAACAGCACAGUAUGUCCACAUCAAUGGACAGUUCCCAGCAGAACAUGUUUGGAAUGAAUCACAGUCAAACAUCUUUAAACCCAAUGGGUCAAUCCGGAUUUAUGAGUAAUCCAAGUAUGUUGGGUCCUGGGAUGGGUAAUUCUAAUGUAAUGAGCAAUCAAACAAUAAUGGGUUCUCAAAGCAUGGGAAUGAAUAAUCCACAUGGGAUGUAUUCCAAUAAUCAGAUGAAUCCGAACAAUGAUAUCAUGGGCGGAAACACUGGAAUGAUGGGUAAUCAGAUAAACAAUCCAUCAUUUAAUCCAAGUCAAAUGGGAAGUUCAAACAAUAUGAUGGGUUUGUACAACCAACCAGGAAUGAUGAACUACCCUGGUGUGAUGGGAAAUCAAAUGAACAACAUUGGUAUGAUGAAUCAGUCAAGCAUGAGUAAUCAAAAUCCACCUUUCGGUAAUAACAUGAUGAGAAAUCCUUCUCCAAUGAUGGGAAUAAGAAAUCCACAAUCAGCUGCAGGCGUCAAUCCCGAUAUGAAUCAAGGAUCAAUGACAAGUAAUUUUACAAACCAGAAUAAUUUUGGAGCAUUUGGCAACAGUACUGUGACAUCUUCCAGUAAUUUAAACCCCAAUCAGAGUCAAGAUAUUAAGGCAGGGCCAAAUUCUUUCCCCAGCACCACAAGCAGCAAUUUGUUCAUGUCUGGUGGAGAGUUUCACACUAAUAAUACUAACAGUCAAACAGGGAGUCAAAAUUCUGGAAACAUUUCACAUAAUAAUAUGAAUAACGACUAUAACAACUACAACAUAAAUGAGGAUCAAAAAAUGUGGGAUGAUAUUGCUAGUAAAUGUGGCGACAAACCAUUGGAAUCUAAAACAGAAAAUGAAGAAGUUACCAAAGAAGGAAAUGCUGUGAAGAAAGAAUCGGAAAUUUCAAAAGACAAUCAGUUAAAACUUGAUGACAAGUCAUUUAAUCAAUCAGGAAUUUUGAAGUCAGAAGAGGAUAAUGGAAGUGAAAGGAAAGAAAAAGAACAUAAUGAAAAGGAGGAAAUUAAAUCACCCAAGGCUGAAGGAGAUAAGGAAGUUAAAGAACCAACAGCCGAUGUAACAGCAACGGCAGUCGCUACUGUAAAGAGUUCAAGAGGGGAAGAUGCCGGAAUUCCGUAUGAUUGGGCAACGGAGUUGUUGAAGGACUACAUUCCUGGGAAUAUAGAAGCUUCGGCAAAGUUUGCACUGUUCUUCUGCAUCCUAGAGGAGUCGAUGAGUCUGGGAGACAGAGUUCUUGUGUUCUCUCAGUCUCUGUUCACCUUGAAUCUGAUAGAAGACUUCUUGCAAAGAACUGAACUGCCAGGAAGGCAGGAGAGAUGGGCUAGAAACUGGAACUAUUACCGUUUGGACGGCAGCACCGGUGCAAUGGAAAGAGAAAAGCUUAUCAAUGAGUUCAACUCAAAUCCCAACAUCCACCUGUUCCUGGUGUCCACAAGAGCUGGGUCUCUGGGAAUCAACCUGGUGGGAGCCAACAGAGUGGUGGUGCUUGAUGCCAGCUGGAACCCCUGUCACGACACUCAGGCUGUCUGUAGGGUAUACAGGUAUGGUCAGAGAAAACCGUGUUUUGUUUACCGCCUUGUGACAGACAACUGCUUGGAGAAAAAAAUAUACGAUCGGCAAAUCAACAAGCAAGGCAUGGCUGACAGAGUGGUGGACGAAUGUAAUCCUGACGCCCAUCUUUCUAUCAAGGAAGUGACUAACCUCUGUUGGGACAAUGAACAAGAUUCUGAUGCCAAGGAUUUCUCCGAUAUGAAGGACAAGUAUAUUGAUGUUGUCAUGCAGAAAAUGCUUGAAAGAUACAGCAAAUUCUUGUCCAAAGAGCCAUUCCAACAUGAAUCACUGCUUGUCGAUCGCAAAGACAAGAAACUGUCUCAGGCGGAGAAACGACUGGCCAAACGAAGUUACGAGCUUGAGAAACAGGCAGCAAACAACAACACAAGACCUACAUACGGCUACUACCCUGGCAACACCUCGGGCGUUGGGAGAGGCAACCCACUGAUGAAGCCGAUGGCGAGUGUACGUCCGAUGCAGGCAGAGCUCAACAAUCAGCUGAUUAGAGAUGCGACCAGCGGCCGACCCAGACAGUGGAUACCUGCAGAGGUGUGGCAGAAACAGGGCAUGAGUGCCCAGGAAAUGACACUACCUCUAGAUGUAGUUAUACCCACCAACUCACCUGACCGGUCGUCCAUCGUGCUGAAGGCCGGACAGAAGGUGAUGGUGCUCAAGUCACCCAAGGGUAUCUACAUGCAGUUGGAGAACGGCAAGAUCAUCGCCAUCCGUACAGCGUUCAAGGUCGGCGGCAAGGGAGAGAAGAAAGGCGUCGCUACCAAGGAAACUCCUGACGGUGUCAGGAAAAUGGUUGUUCAGCCAACCAGGCAGCGAGCCCCAGCCAGUCUGCUGCCACUGAGAAACAACUCGAACAUCUCCAUCAUCCCUCGCGGCGGAGCUGCUGGUCCCCGGGGCCCCAACAAGCCUCUCAUGCGCAUGCUGGGCAACAACAGAGGGAUUCAAAAGCAGCCCAUCGCCACCGCCAAGCCUUACUUUGGCGAGGGAUCUGCUCAUCCCCCCGUCACGGUAACCGUCACCAAGAAAAAGAUUGGCGGAAACCAGACACCUUCCACCAGCACGUCACAAGUUGAUAUCCUGCGGGACCAGAAACAAGUGACGGUCACACCCAUCCCACCUCCGAGUCCAAAGAAAACGGAAUCCACACAACCUCAACCUGCCAAACCGACAGAAGACUCCCCUGUGGAGGGGUCGUCCAAGCAGGGUGAGGCAAGUGGAGGAAGUGAACACUCAGGAAGCAGUUCGGAAUCACAACCAUCGCCUGCGCCGACAUCAGUAACCGACGAGUUUUGAUGAGGUGAACAGACUGCGCUAAAUGGAUUAUUUGUGUGGCUUAUUUUGGUUACUUGUAGUCACUAUAAAUGUUUCUGGAUACAUCCGUUCUCCGCUGUUCAUACAGAAAAGGUUUAAGGUAAUUGCUAUGCUACACAACCCCAGUCAUAACGAAGUAUAUAUAGAUUUUAAAAAUAAUACUUAUUUUAACAGUUUGUAAAGGUAGCUUAACUUUUAUAUGAAGUUAAUGAAAAAAGAACAAGGUUUUGCUUUUGAAUUAACAUUAAUAGAAAUGUUACUUUACCUCCUUGAUUUUUUCUCGUGCUUAAUUUUAUAGUAAUUUGAUUUGAUUUCAGUUGUACUAUGUUAGAUUAGUUUUACUAUAUAUAAUGACAGUAGAGUCUCGACUAUCCGACCGCGGUUAACCGACAUUCCAGGCUUUAGGGAACUGCUAUUAACUGUUGGUUCAAUGCUACCACAAGUUAUAUGAACUCCUCAUAACUAUAUCUCUCUGCUAUUUCUUGUAUCUUCGUUAUUCAAUAUUUACCUUGGCAGUUGCCUCUGCUCUUUAUUGUCGUUUGAAACUUACAGAGGCAACUUUCAAAGUAAAUGUAAAUACUCAUCAAUAUUGUUCUUGAAUCUGGAUCCACAAAUAAUUAUGUUGGUUAAAACAAGACUUGUGGCUUUGUGGAAGAGUAUCACUUUAUCUUACAUUUGACUGUUAAAGUAGUGGGGUUUUAACUUUUCAAAUUUGGUUUAGUGUUAGUUUUCAAAUAAUAAAAUCCCAAUAGUUUUAGUAAAAGACAAACUUAAAAGCCUCAAAUAGUUUUCAAAAAGACGUUUUAUCAAUUUGAUGAUCAUGUGUAUCCGACCUUGAUGCUGGCAGUAUAAGGCAGAUAUUCGAGAUUCUACUGUGACACUUACAUAUUUGAAAGUUAAAAUAAAAAUACAAGUCUUAGGUUUUAGGUCUGAUACGUUUUUUCAAUUGUGUUCUUACUAGCUAAACAGAAUUAACAAUAGUAUUGUAACACUAAUCAAUAUUUAAAAAAAAACCACUUCAGCAAACCUGCAGACUUCGGGAAUUUCCAUUUGCUUGAUUGGAUUUUCACUCAAAAGUUUCCUUUAAGUUGUCAGAUUUAUUCUUAAUUUAAAUAACAGUUAGUUUAAUGAGUACUUGGAUUUGCUGCUACAGUUAAGGUAAUAAAGUGUGUAUUUUUAGUAAAGAUGUUAGCUGCUUGGUAUGAAAUGAAAAUGUUGCUAAAUUGUAUUUAACUAUAACAAUAAUCAAGCAAACUACAACAGAUAACUUAUUCUCCAUAAGAAUAACAUGAAAAUUUAAAGUUUUUUUUUAACUUACCUGUUUCUGCUGUAGCCAUUUAGAGAAUAACAACGCUUGAAUGACUAAAUUUUUUUUUAAUUCUUUAACUUAUGGACUUCAGUUACUCCACCUGAUUUCCAACUGUUACACUUUGUGUUAGUUACUCAAGUCAAGUUUUGGAGAUCAUCACCCACAUUAUCGUUAUAAUUGAGUUUUCUUCUCAAUUACUAAAAAAAACUUGAACAAUUUUGUAAUGGGAAAAUCUUUUUUUUUUUUGUUUUCAGGUCUCUUCAUAAAAAAUGUUCUUUCAUUAAACUUGUGUUUUCACUUAGCAUCACUUUUGGUUGGUAGUUUUAUUUAUUGAUCAAGAACACAUGUUUAUUUCUCUCAAAUUAAAAGCCUAAUUACUACAAAGAAACCACUUUCUUAGAUUUGUGAUGUUUGUAUUCAAUUUAAGGAAGAUCAUUUUGUUUCGCUGUUUCUACCCAAACCUAAUUACCUGAACAUUACCUUUCCUUCACUCUGUGUGCAGCAUUCUGUGACUGAAGUUCUAAGGUAGAAGUUUUAAACGACAGGCUUCUUUGCUUUAUUGUAUAUUUCGCAAUCGAUGUAGAGAUAGUUUAUUUUUAUUGAAUUUUGUACUAUAUUAUUAGCAUAGGGUAGCUAUAGUUUCGUUCAUUAUGAGUCCUACCCUUUCUUAUUUGGUGAUUUCAUCGCACGAAAGUGAUUAUAUUUUGUAUAUUAUAUAUCCGGUUCUGUUUCUUUGUGAAAGAGUUUAUAUUUAUUGAUUUUUGUUCCUCAGUAUUGUACAGAUAUUUUUAUUUUCUACGAGGCUGUAAAUAGAGUUAACCUUUCGUACUAUAUUCCCUCUUGUUAUCUCUACUUUUUAGUGACAAUUUUAGAUUAGCGUACUUAUGUGGUGUCGUUGUGACACGUUAAACGAAAAUGUGCAUUUUGAUUUUAGUAUUGUAGUAUUAAGUUUCAUAUUCACUUCAGAUUGGUUAUGUGAAUCUCCAAGUAAAGAAAUGUUGCUGUGUUCCCAAACUAGGAAAAUUAGUUAAUAUUCGUAAAAAUGAAUCAACCAGUGGUUCUUAUUAUUGUACCUGUAAAAUUUUCAUUUUAGAAUUAAACAACUUCAUGUGUGAAUUAUUUUUUAAUUAUAAACAUUUUCAAUUACUUUAGUUUAGCUAAAAUGUUUUAGAGAUUUAAUUAGUGUUUAUUUUAACCUCGUGGCUGCAAGAUGUAUGUCUUGUAACUAAAUAGAUCAUUUAAAUUAUAAAUUUGUAUUGUAUACACAUUAAUUGUGCUGCUGAAAUUAUUUUUAAUUGACAAUUUGGUGUUAAUAUGGUUAAACAUAUAACUGUAGCCAAUCAGCAUUUGGCUACAUUUCUUCAAUUUACUAUUGAUGAACCAUUUUAUAUUACAAUUAAAUAAUUUUUACUAUAAUAUCAAUCAAUCAAUCAAUCAAUCAUUAUCAAUCAUUAAGAUGGGGACGACACUUAGGUGCGUAUUUUAACCCAAAUAUGAGCGAAGGAUGAGUGUAGAAUGGUGUGAGAUGAUCUGUGUAGCUUUGUUACUGACUAAGAUCAGCUGUUUCAUUAGCCAGGAUCAUUUAUUUAAAGCCCAAUGAUCAGGAACAGCUGGGUCCAGUUUCGAACCAUCAAAAAUCUACUGACUUUUCUCAGGAUCGAACCGGUGACCUUUCGAUUAGUAGGCGAGCACUAUAACCACUCAGCUACCCAGCCAGUUAUUUGAGUAUAUGAAUACGAUACUUAUCUAUUCAUUGGAAAAAGUCAAAGAAAUAUUUCUGUUAUCUGCUUUGAACUUUUUAACUUGUAUGUACACACAAAUGUGUUUGAAAGCCAAUUUUAAAAGCAGAAAAAUGUUAUAAUCUUAAAGUUAAUUUUAAAAACAUCUGUAGGUUAAAAACUUGUCAUUUCAUUUAUAUUUUUUAUGUUUUUAUUUUUAAAUGUAAAUUUGUAGGAAAUGUAAUAUUGACCAAUAUGGAUUUAAAAUUACACCAUCAGUUCCGAAGCAACAACCAGGGUGAAUGUAAUUUUUCAAAAACCUCAGGUUAAUAAAAUAAGGUUUAAGCCUACAGGGUGUUUAUUCAUCCAAUGUUAUUAUCAUGUUUAUGUUGCUCAUCCAAAAUUUUACCUUUGGAACAUCUGACAAGGCAUUUGCUCUUUAACCUUAUCAGUCAUAAUUGCUGUUCUGGGAUUAGUACAUUAAAUUGUUCAACUUUUUAUCGCCUUAAUCUUCACAUUAUGAUGAUGCCAUAGAUGUUUACAUCAGUCCCCUAGUGUAGUGAAAUUGUUCACCAAUUUGGAGUGAAUGUGUAUGAAAUUGAGUUCUAUGAAUUUGUUAUUUUACGUUGUUUUUAGCAUAAGAUUUUUACGUCAUUAUUGUACAAAUUUAUUAAAAAUUGAAUCCAUCUUGGUUUUAGAUGUAAAAUUUUGUAUUUAUUUUCUCUUAAGGACUUGUAAGUUUUAAUAUGUUACAUGUUAAGAUAUUAAAUGUGAAUAUUUAUGAUACACGAGCAGAAUUUAGAUGUGAAUUCUGUGAUGACACCGGUCACAGUGUUAUAUUAUCUUGGUGCAAAUUAAAAUAGGAUUCAGACAAA